CCAAUGUGACCAUGUCUGCUGGAUGAGAUCACUGGGGUACAGGGGCCUCUGAUGCCCGGCAGGAGGCAGUAGUACCCGGGUUUUGGAGCUGCGUCUCAGCCUGCAGAAGAAGGAGGAACGCUGUCAUGGCGGCCAAGGUGGUGAUGCUGGCCGUCCCAACGGUGAUGGGCAUAGCCUCCAUCCGUGUGUAUACUGUAAGCGAAGCGCCCUCUGAUGGACUGGUAACUCGAGAAAAGCUGAACAUCUACACCCCGCUGCCAACGUCUGCUCAGACCCUAUUUGUCCCAGAGAGUCCUGGUGUUAUACAGAAUGGGUUAACUUCAGCAAGAGAGGGCAUACAACCCUUUGUACAGGCUGUGAAGGGUGCCUGCAUCUCUGUGAAAACAACAAGUGUAAAUCUAUACCAUAAAGGAGAGGAUGCGUACUAUUAUUUGAAAGACCCUCCCCCGGAAUUUCUUCCCAGAUUUGGCACCAUCACCAUGGCCGGCGUGCUGGGCAUGUUCUUGGCACGGAAAGGCUCUCAACUCAAGAAGGUAGCCGUUCCUCUGGGUCUGAUGACUGCCGGAGCUUCAGUGUGUUACCCCGCUCAAACUGUGGCUGUUUUUAAGAUCACGGGUAAGAAGGUAUAUUCUGCAGGUAGGUGGACCAGCGCUUCGGUGUCUUCACUGUUUGCCUCCCAGCCGACCUCGGAGCCUGUUGCCAAGGAGAUUGCUGUUUCACAACCACAGACACCUACAGUGCCAAGUCCAGAGUCUGCAGCCCACAGCGCUUUGAUCCCAGAGACAGAAGUGGAGUCAGUGGAGUCUGUUCCUCUCUCUGAUGAGCCCGCUGCCUCUGUCAUAUCAGAGGAGGCGUCAUCACUAACAAUCACAGAGAUUUCCCCCGACCAGACCCCCACAGAGACCAACACAGAUCCAGUAGGGCAUUCAGUGGCAGCAGAGACAGAGGUCACCACCACCUCUGAGGAAAUACCUGCACCUUUUGAAAGUGAGGAAACAAAACAAGCAGCAAAGGAGGUGUCCACUGACGUAGCCAGCCCCGCCGAGCCCACACCAAGUUUAGAACCGACGCUUGAAGCCGCUCCAGUAGAGGUUGCCGAAGUAGAAGCCGCUCCUGUAGAAGCUACUCUGGUACAGGAGGCUCUAGAAGAAGCUGCUCCAGUAGAGGUUUCUCCUGUAGAAGCUGCUCCAGUGGAGGUUUCUCCAGUAGAAGCUGCUCCUGUAGAGGCUGCCAUAGAAGAAGCUACUCCAGUAGAGGAAGCUCCAGUAGAAGCUGCUCUAGAAGAAGCUGUUCCAGUAGAGGUCGUUCCAGUAGAGGCUGUUCCAGUAGAGGCUGUUCCAGUAGAGGCCGUUCCAGUAGAGGCCGCUCCAGUAGAGGCCGCUCCAGUAGAGGCCGCUCCAGUAGAGGCUGCUCCAGUAGAAGCUGUUGCAGCCGAAUCCGUCCCUUCCCCUGAAGAACCACCUGCUCCAAUUCCCUUAGAUGACCCCGCAGUGCUAGUUAUCGAAUCAGCUGAGCUCAAACUCGCUGCUGAGCCAGAGUUGGCCAAUGCAACAGAAGAUGCUGCUGUGGAGGAGACACUCACACCACCACCACUUCCUCAACAGCCUGAAGCAGAAAUCAGCAAAGGGGGCCCCAGCUUCAAGCCAGACCCUUCUCUAUUGGACUUUGGCCAGUCCAGCUCGGAGGAUGAAGACCUGUACACUACACGCAGCUGAGAGACAGCAGGAGAGAGUUCGAUAUCACACUGCCAUCUCCUUGAGAUUAACAGACUCUGUUUCAAUAUGCAUUAUGUAAAAAGUCCAUUUUGCAAGCAACUGAGUGUUUAGUCAUUUUCUUCCUUAUUUCUCUGGGCUACAUACAUAGAUACUUUAUUAUUGCAACACAGCAUCAUUUAUAUUAUCACAGUAAAUCCACAGUACAUAUGGUUUACGACAGCAAAACAGCAAUUCCUUUACCCAAAACUGAGUCGUUUUGCAUAGGAGAGAAGCAUGGAAAAAAUGCACCCACAUAAUUCUAUUCAUCCACAGAUGGCAGAUUGUGUUUCUCUCAGUAUGUGUCAUUUAACAAUUAUUUGCUUUUGUGCUACAGCUUUUACAAUCAUGAGUGUCACAGUAAUUUAUUUAUUGUAAUUUAGCCCACUGCAUUGGUAUGCUGGGAACACUGCACGUGUUCUGAUGGGAUUACAGAGGGACGUUUGCUGUUCAUUUUCUUACAUCAAAAAAUGUCCUCAGUUUAAAACCAAAAAUAAAUCUAUUUUCAUGAUGUGUUUUA